CAAUAAAAUCUCUUUGAAUGAAAAAAAAAUUUACAAGAAAAUCAAAACAAACAAUCCAAAGAUACUCAAAGAUAAUGCCAUAAAAAACGUUUUACAAGAUAAUCGCAUUCAAGGAAAAAAAAGCUUAUGCGUUCUCUCUCUCUCUCUAGAAAAGCUCUGCAUUCCUCACCCCUUCAAGAAUUUUUACACACUGGAAUCCGAUUCCUCCCUCCCACUAGUUUCGUGUUUUCGACCGCUCAAAUCGGUUUGCAUUUCGGCUCCUCUUCUUACCCGAACAGUUUGUUUGGUUUCUUAAGGAACAGCUUCUUAUGUCUAAUAUCAAUAUUUUAGAUCGAAAAGCAAGACGCACAUAUUAUUUUAUUGGUUGUCACAUCUAGCAGAAGGUUUGAUGGAGCCCUCUUCGUAUAUGACGUGUGCUUUAAAGGUGGAUACUCAAACUCCUGGAUGGCAUAAAGCAAUGAUCAAAGUUUUGCGCAGCAUCCAAGGAGUGUCCUACAAUAUUGACGGCCAACAAGGGUUGGCAUAUGUGUCUGGUAGCAUAGACCCGGCUGUACUUCUAAAGAUGCUAGCAAAAGUAGGAAAACAUGCAGAAUUGUUUUGGGUGGAUUCCAGACGUCAACAUUGGAACAACCCACUUGUACAAGGAGAUGUUUCCCACGAUCAUGACUAUCGGAAUAGAAACUACGCAAGAAUGGGCUAUUACUAUGGAAAUAGCUAUGGAGAUCAUGGCCAAUACGGAAUGCUGGGCUAUGACUACAGGAAUAACCAACUUGGAAGACUGGCAUACUAUGGGGAUGAUCCUCAUAGGUUAUUCCCUAAUGGAAUACUACAAGACUACCCACGGUCUGAGAUGGUGUUUCAUUCCCCUUCGACCUCACCACACGAGGAGACCAUUCACAAACAAACGGCCCCACCUCCAGAGCUAAUGUCUAACAAACAAAGUGAAAAGAAGCCGGUUAAGUGCUGUAUGAUGUGAGAUAUUGGAGUCUACUUCUUUGAGUUUAACUUGGUCGAGUUUAUCUUUCCCACCCUUUUUGGAAUCCAUUACCAAUUACUUUGUAUUGCAUACUGCAUAUGUAUGUGAACCAUGUUGGGGAUUUAAGGAUUUUUUUUUUAAUGUUUCUGAACGGUUUUAUUUUCUCCUUAUUUUUCCAAAAGUUUGGAGGAUUUGAUGACA